AUGUUCCGAAUGGGUUCACUAAUAUCAUCUGUUAUUGUAGUGCUUAUACCGCCUCGCUCAACCUUCGAUGGCUUUAUCGUUCGAUACCACCCUUGGAGGUACAUUUACUAUGUUGCUAUAGCUAUCAUUGGCUUUGUCACUAUUCUGGUCUACCUGACCUUCCCAGAAACUGCCUACAUCAGAAAACCAGAGCUUCUUGCCUGUGAAGAUGCUGAUGACGCCGACACCAAGGCUGGAGCAGAGCACGCAGAAGUCCGCCGUUCGCUCAGGCCUACACCCAAAGUCUCUGAGUUCUUGUGGAGCGGACUCAAGCUUUACAACGGCACCUUCACAGAAGAAUCACUUUGGAAGAUGAUAGUUCGCCCAGUGAUGCUCCUGGCUUUACCUCCCGUCCUCUGGGCUACGCUCGUCAUGUCGGUCACCAUUGGCUUCAUCACCGCCAUCACUUCGAAUGUGGCUCCCGCUUUUGCCACCGCUUACGGGUUUGAAGCUUGGCAGUCUGGUCUGGCGUUCUUUGCCGCUGUUAUCGGUGCAUUUAUUGGCAUGUUCCUGGGCGGCUCGUUCUCUGACUGGGUUGCUGAGAUCUUCACCCGUCGUAACGGUGGCAUUCGUGAACCCGAAUUCCGUCUACCAGCGAUUAUGCUCAGCGUAGUCUGCGGACCAUUGGCACUCGUUCUCUACGGUGUUGUCAACUUCUGUAUCACCCAAGCAACCAAUAUCUCCCUCGUAUACACUAUUGAUUGCUAUCGACCAAUUGCGGGCGAAAUCGUUGUCACCCAGCUCGCCUUCAAAUCCGCUUUUGGUUUCUUGCUUGGUUUUUACACCAACCCCUGGGUCAAUGAAGCUGGUCACCAAACUGCCUAUGGAAUUAUGGGUGCGAUCUGUGGUGGUGUUUUAAUCUUUUGGAUUCCUCUCUUCUUCUGGGGUCAUAAGAUUAGAGUUGCCACACUUAGUUGGGGUAUUAUGAAGUAUGCACAUUGGGAUAUUGAUAGAGAGGUUGGUGAGUGA